AUGUCAAAGUUUAAUAUCUUCUGCAAUCUUUCCUCCAACUAUCUUCAGAAAUUCAACUUUGCAAUUCCUGUUCCAACGCGCAAACUACGUUUUCACUCAAGUAUUAUUCUUGGUGCUCGCUUUAUCCCGGUGUUACGCGUACCUUUUAAUCCAAUCAUUAAGCGAACUUUUUACCCCAGCGUUACGCGCUUAAAUGCUCAAGCUCCCAAUUGUGUGAGUACCCCCAAAAGAGCAGUAGCUUAUUUUGGACUGCCGGACACGGCCGCGGCCACUGGAGCGAUUUUGUUCUGGGAAACCGGGACCGGAGUCACCAUCAUCCAUGGCCAAUUUAGUGGAGGGUUCCAGGAUGAAAUUGUGGAUUACGUUCGUAUUAGAAUUUAUCGUGAAAAUAAAGUGUUAUUUGAUCUCAAGCCUCUGGACGGAAGUUUAAGAAAUAUUUUUAGGAUUCGAGAGAAUGGGUCAACGGAUUCUUUUUUAUUUGUUGUUCCAAAGAGAUUGAUUAGCGAAGAACCCUGGAUCGUUGGAUCUUAUGUAGUUAUUGAUAGUUUACGUAGUAACAGAUUUAUUGCUAAAGAUCUCAUCGUGGCAAUGAAUGAUUAG